GUUCUUGGAGAGCUCAUGGGAGAUAAAAGCCUCGAAAAGUUUCGUGUGGAGUAUGAAAAGUUACACAGAGCUUUGAAGAAGUCUCAUGAAAGCGAAAAACGUUUGAUGCAAAAAUGUAGGGAGCUGAACGCAGAGAUUGUAGCAAACGCUUCCAAAGUUCAAACGGCUUUGAAACUUUCGCAGGAAGAUCAGACGACGAUUGCUUCCCUUAAAAAGGUAAUCAUUUUCGAAAGUGAACGACCCUUGUAAAGACUGCAGGUAUCACAUAAAUUUGCUAACUAGUUGCAAAAUGGUUGAGAUCCUUUAGCAACAAAAUAAUACUUUUCAUAAUUCAGUUAGCCUGCAUCACAGAUGUAAUCUAACCCCGGGAAGUAACAUCUGUGCAGUGCUAAUAUUACCAGUAAUAUGUUUCAAAUUGCGCAUCAGCCUGAUUGGCAAAUGUACAGUGGCAUUUUCAACAGCCCAACCAUGGUGUAUACUCAAAUCCUGGUACACAGUUAGGGAUCCAGAACAAGGAUUUCAGCACUGCCUCACAGACGGACUUAAAAAGAUGUUUAGUUCUGUCUUUGGCGCAGACCAGUGAGUGAGCCUUAGAGGGGAAUAUCCAUCAUUUACAUGAUGUAGUGAUCUACAAGUAACAGCCAAUCAAAUCAUUUACCACACAUUCCGGGAAAAAUCACAUGGCCUCCAUACACGAUUAGCAAUGCCGAAUCACAGAGGCCCCUUCUCCGAUUUUUCUUGAGGGGAGGGGGGUUUGUACACAGGCUAGUGCCAGUGAGGAGAUCACAUUUUUGGGCAAAACUCAUUCCUGCACUAUUAAUAAAUAAAUUGUAGAACUUUCUUGGAACAUGUUAGUAUAGUACCAAAGUAUCAAGUUGUAACAGUAAAGGAAAGUCUUAGCCUAGUUAAAUGUAUUUUACUUUCAUGCUAAUCAACUUUUGAAAGUGCAGCUGCUUUUAGAAGUGGGUAAAUCAAGCUUAAUUCACAAAGUGCUUCAAGAAUUGCUUGUUACCAUUCUUAGUUUGUUUCUGUUGUUUUCUUUCUCUUAGGAAAUUGAAAAAGCAUGGAAAAUGGUUGAUGCGGCACAUGAUAAGGAGCAAAGAGCAAGGGAAACUAUUCAGUCUUUGAAACUUGAGAUAGCAAACCUCAGUAAACUGGUGGAACAGGGAGCAGGCUUAACUAUGGGUCAAGAUCACAGGUAAUGACAAAAAGAUAUGAACUAAAAGUGCAUAAAAGAGGGUGUGUGUCCAGGUUUGGUUGUGUUUGUCUGUACUUAUUUUGCAGUUAAACCCAUUCCUUUCUAAUGCAGGUUCAGAGCCACCUUAAAUCUGUGAAAGGUGAAAGAAAUAUACUAGUGCUAUGGUGCUUUGUUAUGUGAGAAUACAGCCUUUUUAAUAGCCAUGUUGGUAUUUGGUUCGAUGUAUGACCUUGGGUGUGUUUGCAUUUUUAGUUGUCAACUUUUUUAACUUAACAUACCAGAAGACAGGGUUUAUUUGACUGUUUUGUUGAAAUUUCAUGUUAUGUUCGCUUUUCAAUUUUAGUGUUAAUGAGCUGCUCAAAAUCAAAGAUGAGUUAACAAAGGAAAGAGAUGAAAAAUUGUCUGAGAUCACCAAGGUUUGAAUUUUUUGUUUUGUUGAGAUUCUGACUUGUUAAUUCUUGUAUGUCUUAUACAUGAUUGUACAUGAAUAACUUGAUUGUAAUUCCUGGCUUAUGUAAACUCAAUGUUAAAUUUUUUUAGAUGAGAGAAGAGCUCUCCAGUGCAACUACAAAACAGCAGAAGGCUGAGCAAGACAGGGAAGAAGCUGAGAUGAAGAUUGCAGAAGUAAGUUACAUGUGCUCAUAAACUCAUAACCCUAUCCACAGGUACUUACAAGUAUAUUUAUACAUGAAGUAUAUUGUAAGGUACACUGUAGAAUCUAGUGCUGUGCUGAUCAUCAAUUAUAAUCGAUCAUUGAUUGCAAAUCUUUAAGCAACGUGACAAUUGAUUAUGGAUGAUAACAAUCAAUUAUCCCGGACAAAUGAAAAAAAAUUAUUGAUGACAAAUAAAAACUUGUAACAGCAGCUUCCACUGAAUACCUUUUUCUCCUACGUUUCAUACAUUUUUAAUGUUUUCCAAAACUUGGUGAAACACGCUUGCGCCAGGCUAGGUUUUGCAUUUUGUAUCUAUUUGUUCACAUUUGAUGGUGAGUAUUUUAAACGGAAAAAAUUUACCUUGAUUGUUCUCUUAGAAAUUAUCCCAUAAUUUAGUAGCUGGCCGUAAAAUACAUUUUUAGAUCUACUACUGUGGUCAGAAAGGUUACAAGAGUAGAUGAAAGGAAAACAGAUAUAAACAGUUUUCGAAGAUCGAAUUGAAACUUAAGUUGGUUCCCAGGGUCUUCUUCUUCUUGUCUCAAUUUAAGUUGUCCACAACAAACAAGGUGGCUUAGUUUUUUAUCAGUAGAUUUUCUGAUUAUAAUCGAUGAUCGAUGGGUUGGGUCAAUCUGAUUAUUUCCGAUGACUCGAUGAUAAAAUCUUAGCCGAUUCCCUUCACUAGUAAAUACAGCCAACUGAAUCACCGCCGUAUAAAGGCUUUACAGACUCAGCUACAUGGAAUGUACUCAUUUGCAAGACAAAGUGGCACUGAUCUGUUUUGGUUGAAGUGAGAUUGCCAAUCUACAGUUGGCUACACACAUUAAAAUUUACUUGAACAAUAAUUUCAUCCCCAAGGCCAAUCUAAGACCACGCUUUAGGGAAAGGUGUGAUACUUUGGCUGAUGGUUUGUUUUCCCAGCUCAGAAAUUUAUUGAAAUGGUUAGUAUUUGUUAUCAUGUUAGCAUGCAAAACAUGUCAAGUUUUCCAUAUAACUUAUGAAUAAUGUUGUUACCUUAAUGGCAGUUGUAUGUGUUGCAGUUAUUUUUUUAUUUCAGUCAAUUCUUGAUUUCCUUUGUUUUGGGGUAUGGUAAUGUAUGCCAAUGAAUUUGGAACAAAGGAAAAAUAAAAAUUAACUGCAACAUAUGCAUUGAAGAAUUAUGGAAUUAACCUUUAAUAGUUGUUUUGAUCUUCUCUUUUGAUUUUGAACUCCAGCUUAAAGAAGACAUUCAAGUCCGCAGUAAUGAAGCACAGCGAGAAGCCAGGAAAAAGGAGAAAAUCGAAAAAGAGUUAAAGCAAGCCAAGAAUGACUUGGAAACCAGAACUGCCGAGUUGAAAACAAAAUCAGGCAAUCUUCAACGAGCACAGGAAGACAUAACUAAGCUAGAACAACAACUUAAAGAACAAAGGGUAAGUUCAUAACAAGAUAAAUUGCAUAUUCGAGUUCGGCACCUCUUCGAGGCUGGGCGCUUAUUAAAUUUUCACCAUUCUCAGCAAGUGUAGUAGUAUAUUUUGCAACAAAACAGUAAAUGCUAAUUGCAAAAAGCGAAGAUGCAACAAAGCAAGGUUUCUGUAAAAUAUUCUGAACAAAACUCGGUCUUCGGGAGGGUCUCUUAUCAUCUCUUAUUGGAGUUUUUAUUGGAGGGAGUUGGGUGGGGUUGGUGUUCAUUCGAGGCUGGGCGCUUAUUAACUUUUUCUGCCUUUAGAAUGGGCGCUUACUCGAGGUGGGCGCUAAUUCGAGGUUGGGUACUUAAUCGAAUAGAUACGGUAAUGCAUGAAUUCAUACCUGCCUUUUUAAUACUGAAGUUUUACAUUUACACAUGUCCUUUUCCUUCUGUAGAUACUAAAUGAAAAAGCCAUGAAAGAUACAGAUCUGCUGAACGCUCGACUCACCAAAGUCCAACAGGAUUUUGAUCAGCAACUGUUGAACUGUGAUCAGCUUGCAACGGAAAAUACACAAAAAGCUGCCGAGCUGAAAGCCAAAGAAGAUGAAAUCAACGGUCUUAAACAGGACACAGUGCGACUAACGAAAAUGAGAGAAGCUAUCCAAAGAAAGCUUCGAACCAUUGAAGAUCAAAAAAUUGAAGUUGAGCAGCAGAAGGAAACACUCAAGGGGCAGAUUGCAGGGUUAGAAAAAGGUAUUAAAACUGGAGAAUGUUUCUGGGAGUUUUGAGAAAUAGAAGGAGUACAUACCAAAUAGACCCAUCCACUUAUUGAUGACUUGAAAAUAAGCGUGGUAGAUUUUUGCAGCCUGUUUGCAUAUAUGAUCGCUGUGAUACUGAAAAAAGUUCUGAUCCAAGCAAUCGUAGAGAUUGUAGCAGCCAUGUAGAAUUAAUUAAGUCUUCCUUAAUGGCCAUUUUAAGGUUGUGAAUAAGACUGAAUCGGUGUUGUGUCAGAUUGCAGGCAUUUUCAGUCAGAGAUCGUUGUUUAAAACUGUGAACAAAGAUAAGGUGCCGGAUGAGGCGAAGUUGCGGGAUACAAGCUGUAUGGUUCUCGGUUAAUCUUCCCUCGUUUUGAUUUUAUAUGACGUCAAAAUUAAUGCAAAUGUAUUUGUCGCAAGGAAAAAAAGGUGUCAUUAAAAAACAUUUCAAUGUGGUAGCGCGUGAUUAAUUCAAGCUAAAAUAGGCGAUAUUUCCGCACAAUUCAUCUGUUCUCUAACGUUAUCCUAUCACAGGACAAGUAGUGAAUUUGAAUAUAUUAUUUUCUUCCCUUUACUUCAACAUCUACACAACAUUUUUUCCAGAACUUGAAUCGAGCAAAAAACAGGCUGAAGCCGAUAAGAAGGCCAUAGACGAUCUUGUUCGUGAGCGGGACAUCCUUAACAAGGUACGUCAAUAUGUCCAUACCUUGUAUCUUUCCUAAAACUUUGGUUUCUCUUCUAGUAUUUAUAAAUUCUAACACUUAUUUGCUAUUUGACUUUUCCAAUGUAGAACCUUCUCAAAGCAGCGGGCGCUACGCAGAAGCAGCUCGGCCUUGUCCGGUUACACGAGCAAACCAAGAAAAACUUAGAGCAAGAAAUUCAGGUGAGAAUACAGUCGUAACGAAUAUGCUUUUUCUUUACUGACAGCAGCGUAGUUUUCUCGGGAACUUUGGCCAAGAAUAACGUCCGUAUUGUAGCUCUUACAGAACCUUUGUGAGUGUGAGCCGUAAACAAGAUACCGUGAAACCUCUAUUAAGCCCCCCUCCCAAAAAAUCCCCCUUUUUCAGGGAAAGAAAGUUAUUAAACCCCCUCUCUUAAAAGCUCCCUCGUCUUUCCUUUUUCCCGGGGGCUUAAUUUAGGAUUUACGGUCGGUGAUUUGCAGUAUUUCUCCUUGACAACUCUUGAUUGUUUGAAAGUAUAAAGCUGUCGCUUACCCCGUGGACCUGGCGUAGCCGUUGUCACCUCACACAACAUCUUGCUGGCUUCUAUCCAUAACUUGAAGUCUUUUGAAUGAUUUUAGCUGUUAUCAUUACCGCCCUUUUCGUGCCUAAACAUUUUAAUCACUUCGUAAUUCCAGAACUACAAAGAUGAAGCACAGAAGCAACGCAAAAUUAUCUACCAACUGGAAAAGGAGAGAGACCGUUACAUCAACGAAGCCAGCGAACUCACACAGAAGGUUCUGCAGCACAUGGAGGAUGUUAAAGUCCGUGAAAUGCAAAUCUUCGAUUACAAGAAGAAAAUCGCUGAGGCUGAAACGAAGCUGAAGCAGCAACAGGUGCGUUUCAAUUUAUGCUACUUGUAUUGCUAUGGUAACCCUGUUCAGGAGGCUUCUAUAGGAGAAAAGAACCCCUUACUGAGAAGGAUUAACACUUCGUUUGUUAGUUUUAUAACGAGGAAGUUUGCAAACCUCACCCUAAGACCUACGGCAAUUGCCGCUGAAGUAAAUGUGUGCGUUCAUAAAGGACGUUCUGUAAUAGGGAUCCAUAGCCAGUGAGAUCCGCAUACAGUGUUUGCAACGACUACAUUGUAACGCUGAGCUCUGUUGAUAUGUCUGGUAAUGGUAGUCAGCUUAUCCCAAGGAGAUAUUGGAAUCGUGGAAACUGGAUUUGAAAUUUCAUGGAUAAACAUUCUCAUGACGUUACCCCUCACCCCCUGUACACCUGCUAAACAACGUAAUGAUAUCCCUGGCAUGCAUUAAAGGAAGGGAUAGUUUGGACAGCUUAUUUCUAACGCCCCGCAGUAAUGCAUCGGUUUGUUUGGUUGGGAAAAUGGAGUAUUACAGUUUCUUUGCUGAUGUUGUUCUUGAUUUUCUUUUUUCGUGAUAACUGUAUGUAAAAGCAGACGGUGAUGAUGUUUAUGAUGUGUAUUUAAUCGGCAGAAUCUGUACGAAGCCGUGCGCAGUGAUCGCAACCUGUACAGCAAGAACCUUAUCGAGUCCCAGGACGAGAUCACCGAGAUGAAACGCAAACUGAAGAUUAUGAACCACCAGAUCGAUCAACUGAAGGAGGAAAUCAUGGCUAAAGAAGCGGCGCUUGUAAAGGAACAUCUGGAACAUCAAAGAGUUGAGAAGGAAAAGGAUGCUUUGAAAGCUGAAUUGCAGCGGAUGAAGCAACAGGCUGCGGAAUCCAAGGCUUACAUUGAACAACAAGAGGUUGAGGAACGGAAGCUGUUGAAGAUCAUAUCAGAAGCUGAUGCUGAGAGACUCAGACAGAAGAAAGAGCUCGAUCAGGUUGGUUCUUACUCCCUGCUAGCAUAGGCUCCGCCCCUCGCACUUUUUCUCCUUUCACGUGCGGCUCUCGCGUGACUUCUCGUGACUUCCGCAAAUGGAGAACUUGCUCGCAGACUAUUUCUUGUAUGGCCCCAAUUGCACGUUUUAUGUAGUGACUCCUGCACAUUUUUUUAGGUGAUUAGUGAAAGGGAUAUAUUGGGAACACAGCUUGUAAGAAGAAACGACGAGUUAGCCUUGUUAUACGAAAAGAUAAAGAUUCAACAGUCUACUCUCAACAAAGGUACGUUUUUCUUAAUCCCCUUUUAAAUAUCGCCUCUGACCAUUGACACAAACUAAAAUAUCAACAUUGUUGUCUCGAUCAAUGCAUAGGUAAAGGCGCACCCGAGCCAAAGGCCCACGCAGCCGGAGCUUAUACCGGUUUCCGUAGCAUGAAGCAAGCCUAGGAGUAUUGCUUCUCCCCCCUGGACGGGAUGCUAGUCUAUCGUAGGGUUAACCCCCAGCAGUAUGUCGCUGGUACCCAUUUAUACACCUGGGUGAAGAGAGACAAAGUGGAGUAAAGUUCCUUGUCUAAGGAAACAACGUGACGGGUGAGGCUUGAACCCCGGACCUCCAGAUCUGGAAUUCGAGGUGUUAACCGCUCGGCCACACACGCCUCCACCCCGUCAAUGCAUAACACCUGUUUUUUGAUGAAGACAGCAAUGUGCCGUUAUAUUAAAGUUUUCCACCGUGAAAGCCUCCAAGUGAAAAUAAAGUCUUCGUAAAGCUUAUGUGCUGAAAAGAGAACCGUCAGCGCAUCCUCUUACUGAUGCAACUAGCAAUUCGCAACCAAGUGUUUUUCCUCGUAGAUACUAUUUUAAUAUCCCCAGCGCCUCUUUGUAGAUGCUUGAACGGUAUCACAAGUUGUUCUUUGCUUAUUGGGUUUUGUUUUUGUAGGUGAGAUUCAGUACCGACAGAGGUUGGAAGAUAUUCGACUGCUUAAACUUGAAAUCAAGAAACUUCGCCGUGAGAAGAACAUUCUCACAAAGAGUGUGGCGAAUGUGGAGGACUUGAGGUAAACAAUGUCAGUGAUGUUGUUGACGAUCUUGCAAUCCCAGACGAAAGUAGUUGGGAAGGUAGUACAAAUUAAUAGUAGUCUAUUUUAGUCCUCAGAAAGAUAGUUUUCUCUUUUGCUAAUAUCCCCCGUCCUCUGUAUUCAGUGUUGGGAUAUAACAGAACAAUUAGGCGCAAAAACAUAAGUUUUGCUCAACAUUGGGUCAGGGACGGGGAGAGGAAGGAAGAAAGAGGUUAAAAAAGCAACCUUCCCUAUACUUUUGACGAUGAUUGUCUGAGUACAGAAAAUCAACUUUAAAUGCUUAUAAAACGUGUCGUAUUUAACAUUUGACUGAGAUAUCUCGCCCUGGAACUGUGCUGUUGAUGUACGUUCUUUGCUAAAUACAAAAUGUAAUAAAGGUUACAUUUCGGUAAAAUCGCAACUAUGAAAAUUUUGUAUCUGACGUGCAUGGCAUUCAUCGCGUGACCACAAAAUCCAGUCGGUUCCAGUUGGAAUAAACAUUGUCCUUGUAGCCAACAGCGUUACAAACACCAACGUCACAAACACCAGAAACCAACUAUGAAAAACUGUAAGGCAAACAAAUUUUCAAAAGCUACAAUUGCGCUGAAUCCGUUUCAAUCUACUUUAAGUUUGACCAUCCGUGCCGCCUCCUUUGGUAUUGCUGUGUUCUUUAUAACCUUUUUUCACGAUGCUCUGAGCAGUUAUUUGUAUGGUUUCUGAAUUUAACGAAAUUUUGUGACAAAGCUCUUUUAAACGAGUACUUUGCACUCAGGGCAUAAACGCCGGACGUUUGGGUCAAUGCAGCUGUUGACCGACGGCUAUGCCAUUCUGAUAAGUUAUGAUCUUACAAGGACGAAACAGCUAUCCAUGGCUACCACUGUUUGAUUGGGUUUAACUGAUUAGUUUCUAAAAAGGUGUCUUCUUUUACUGUUCGUAAAGGCGGGAAGUUUAUCACACACAACGUGAGCUACUCAGAGAGCGAACUAGAUGCAAGGCUCUGGAAGAAGAACUUGAAAACCCAAUGAACAUUCACAGAUGGAGGAAACUCGAGGUACGGUAAUACCCUUUUGCUGCACUAUUGAAUUCCUUGAGAAAACCUGUGCUAACUUCUUCUAUUUCUACGUGUAGGGAAGCGACCCCAGCACAUACGAAAUGAUCCAGAAGAUUCAGACCUUACAAAGACGAUUAAUACAAAAGACUGAAGAGGUUAGUUUACAUCGCUUGGUCUUGCGCGCGCGACUUGUCUCAUAACACGCGCGCGUGCUUAAAUUUUCUGACGUCAUAAUAGGAAGAAGUUCGCAUCUUACGCACAAGAGCCAGAAAAUGACGUCUUAAAUUCUCGCUAGGGAGUGAUACCUUUCUUGUGUUUUCUACUCUGGCAGUGAUUUUGAUGCUUCUCUUUAAAAUCCGCUGAGCGUGAAAUGUUUGUAAAAGAAUUAGAGUUCUCUCAGGGGGUGACCAUUCAACUUUGGAGGGCAGCGGUGGGAUAUUUCAGAACAAACACAUUAGAAUUACAUUACAUUAGUAGUCGUGGAGAUAAAGCCUUGCCCAAAGUGAAUCACCCAUUCCCCCUCUAAAAAAAAUGAGUGAUCAGCCCCGCCCUAACGAGUCACAUUCAGUUGGGUAUGAUGUGUCUCUAAGUACUGAAGUUCGUCUGAAAGUGAGAAAUCGUUUGCAUUAGUUUAUCUUGUACUAUUUAGUCAUUUACCGAAUUGUUUGGACUUGUAUAUCAUUUACUUUGUUAGGUCGUGGAAAAAGAGCUGCUUAUCCAAGAAAAAGAAAAACUUUACAUGGAACUUAAACAGAUACUCGCUCGACAGCCAGGUCCGGAGGUCGCUGAACAACUCAGUAUUUAUCAACAAACACUCAAAGAAAAAACCAAACAAAUGAAGGGAAUGUCAUCGGAACUGAACAUGUACGAAGCACAAGUUAAAGAAUACAAGUACGAGAUUGAGAGAUUAGCAAAAGAACUACAAGAGGUCAAGAAAAAGUUUUAUAUGCAGAAAAGAAAAGAGCAGCAAGCAAGGUACACUAACCACGUCUUACGUAUUUUGUCAACGUACUAGCACUAUACCAGUUAUCGUAUUCGACUUAGAUUUGCUUCUUUAAGUUUGAGUGUGACCUCGAAUAAAGUUAGUUCACUAAGAUACAUGGGACAUUCUUGUCUAUAAUGUUUAAAGUCCCUCGUUUUGUUGAGACGACCGUCGAGAUUCAGAGAGUGUCAGAUCUACCCAGGGAGCGGAACCUGUGGCGGGGAGGGGGAGCUAUAAAAUCCGAUGCCCCCACGCCCCGUUUGAAACCAAGUGGCCACCUAUAACAGCAAGCGCUCUAUCUCGACGAUCUUACAGAAAAAUAGGGGACUGUAGACAGUCUAUCUUGUGUCAUGCACUCGUAUUUCUCAUAAACGUUCCCCUUUUAUUUCAGGGAGCGAGAUCGCGCUUACCAACAGGCUGCCGGACCCGCAUUCUCUCCUCAAAGAUCAGACGGACCAAGAUUUACUGGUGGAGGUUUCAAUCUAAAGCCACCUCAAAAAGCUGCCGCUUAAUAGUCGAACAAUCUAUUUGUAAAUAGUCUGAAUAAAACUUUUGUACAUAGAGUUUUUUAUCGUACCUCAAAGGAAAUGUCUAUAUAGAGAAUGAACUCAUGGAAGGAGUAUGCUCGACGCGUUUUAAUGUUUGGAGACUAUUGUCAUGAAAGUUGGCAAAGGUUCAAACAAGAGAGCAACACUGAGGUUUUUAUAAGUAGAAAAUCGUUUGACUAUCAUUCUCGCAUGUU